CCCGCUCGAUGUUUGGUGGAUUCUACAGUUGUUUGUUGUCGUGACGACGGUGUUACCGUGACGACUGUGGUGCUCCAUCAUGUGCGUGGCACGGCAGAUUUAUGAACCUGACAUCAGCGAUCGGAGCGAUUGAAGCGUAGUGCGGGGGCAUGUGGGCCCGGCUUGUGAGGAAUAAUGAUGCGUGCAUGUCGCAGGCUGUACUUGCCAGGAUGAAUAUAUGCAUGGAGCGUUAGCUGGCCUGGUUUUAGAUGUGAAUUUAAAUCAGUUGAAUCCACAAUACUGGAGAUGCAGGGGGAUUCUGCUCCGUACGACUAGCAGGACUGUUGGAGGGAAAACUGAGGGAAGGAGAUCGGAAUUCGUGCAGAGUUUUUCCCUACGGAAGGACGGAUGGGGGAGGGGAGCAGCUCGUGGCAUGAAUUUCCUCCACAGAAUGAAGGUUUUGCUGGUUCAGCGUGGGCCGUGCCUCUGUCACAUCUGCAGCCCUCGGCCAGCAUUAGUAGGGAGUGAGGGAGACACCGUAGUCCAGGCUGAGGUAGUAGAGGGGACAUCCGCACAGGGGACGACCUCGCCUUCAUCCAACUUUGAUAGGGAGUUCAAAGGUCAGGAGCGUAAGAAGUCGCUGAAGCGUAUCCAGCAGGAGGAGGAUGCGAUCAAGAGGUCACGGUCGGUGGGCAGCGAGUACGAACUCUCGAUCGACCUGCAGCACAAGCAGAUCGAACUCUUAGAGCGGAAGUACGGCGGGCACUUCAUCGCUAACCGCGCCGCCCGAGUCAUCCAGCGGGCUUUCCGCCACUACUGCAUGACACGGAACUUCCAGAAGCUGCGGAAUGCGCAGCUGGAGAACCGGAUGUCCCGGAGAAUCGACUGGCAGACGCUGCGACUCUCCACCAUAGAGGUGGACGACGAUGUCGGCUCCUCGCUAGGCAGAGGGGUGAAAGGUCACGGCGCUGGUUCUAGGUCCAUGACAAUGCCGGCCGUAGCAGAAAUUCGAGAGACUUCGUUACUAGAUAUGCCCGAGGAGCACAUGACUCUGACAAACGUGCUGGGUGGAGCUGCUGGUUCUCGCAGUCGUGUUUCGAGCGGGAGCAUGUCUCGCCAGGACAGUUAUCGCCUGGCUGUGCACCCCGACUCAGACCUGAGCCAGGAGGCCACACCAGAACACAGCAUGUACAGCGCCAGGGAGAUGGUCAUUCAGGACCAAAGAGCACUGAUCGAUGCAGACUAUGAGAUGACACUGUAUGUGGAACAGCAGAAACAGAAAGCUGCAGAUGGGCACAGCGGAGACAGCGGGAUCCGCAUGAGCCGGAGCAGCGACGAGGGCAGCGGGUCGGACAGCACUGCCAGCAGGAGCAGCCGCGACCUCAGCGACCUCGGGGAGGUGUCGCAUGAAGCCAAAGUCGAGAUGCGCCCGGUCCCCAGCGUGGUGGUGGACAUGACCAGCCCGGCACGGAUGUCUCCGGACGCGCUGAUGCGCAGGGGCUCGCCUCAGAGUGGGCGGAGGAGCGGGACUCCCGAAGCCUCGCCAGUCUGGAAGCACAAGCAGCUGGGCCGUGUGGUGGCGAAUGGGGCACAGCGAUCUGCAGGUUCGGACGUGUCGGACGGAGACAACGACAGCCAGGGUAGCAGCUCGAACACGCCAGACAAUAUGAGCCUGUCGAGCGAAACCAUCAGCCUGAGUGGGUCCAGCUCGAUCCACGGUGUUUAUAAGGGCAUGUCACGGGACUCCGCUGUGUUUACCCCCAUUAACGAUGUACAGAGGAAGAGACAAUACAGAAUAGGCCUCAACCUCUUCAACAAGAAACCAGAGAAGGGCAUCGCAUACCUUGUGGAUAAAGGCUUCCUGCAGCACACUCCUCAGGCAGUGGCUAAGUUCCUGCUGAGCAGACGUGGUCUCAGCAGACAGAUGAUCGGGGAGUACCUCGGCAACUGUCAGAAGGACUUCAACAGAGAUGUUCUGGACUGUGUGGUGGAUGAGAUGGACUUUGCUGACCUGGAACUGGAUGAAGCCCUGCGGAAGUUCCAGUCCCAGAUCAGAGUACAGGGCGAGGCACAGAAAGUUGAGAGGCUCAUCGAGGCGUUUUCUCAGAGAUAUUGCAUCUGCAACCCCAGCGUGGUUCACCAGUUUAACCACCCAGACACCAUCUUCAUCCUGGCCUUCGCUAUCAUCAUGCUCAACACCGACCUGCACAACCCCAACAUCAAACGGGAACGGAAGAUGAAACAGGAGAACUUUGUCGAAAAUCUUAAAGGCGUGGACGCGGGUGGAGACAUCCCGCGGGAGAUCCUGGUGGGGAUCUAUGAGAGGAUAUCCAAGUCUGAGCUCAAGACUGGCCCUGAUCACGUCACCCAGGUCGCCAAGGUGGAGAAGAACAUUGUGGGCAACAAACCAGUCCUCUCUCUGCCCCACCGGCGCCUGGUUUGCUAUUGUAGACUUUACGAGAUCCAUGACCCCAAUAAGCGGGAAAAACUAGGGCUGCACCAACGUGAGAUCUUUCUCUUCAAUGACAUUCUGGUGGUAACUAAGAUCCUUGCCAAGAAGAAACAUGUGGUCACAUACAGCUUCAGACAGGCCUUCUCACUGCUGGGGAUGCAGGUGCUGCUCUUUGAGACGUCUCAUUAUCAAUAUGGAGUCAGACUAACAACAAUGAUAGACAACAAGGUUUUGAUGACAUUUAAUGCGCCCAACGCACACGAUCGAGAGAAGUUUGUGCAGGACCUGCGAGAGUGCAUCCUGGAGGUGAACGAGAUGGAGAAUCUCAGGAUAGGAGAACUGAUGCGUCAGCAGUCCAACAUGUCUGUGGGGAACUACAACACUCUCAGCACCUCGGACAUACACCAGGCCAACGGUGGGCCGGUCAACCGCAGCUUUGACGACACCGCCAAGGACAGGCACACGCUGGGCGCCGACAGCGCGCUGAAGAGAACGGCACUGUCCAACUCACUACGGGACAUCACAGAAGCCACAGGCAAAAGAGGACGUCGUAACAGUGCAGGUUCCCUGGACAGUAACAUGAUUCCGAGCGGCCGUCCUGAGCCCAGUAUGAAACGUUCGGAAAGUGAACAAGACACGACGAGAACGUCCCUUCGCCACUCCAACUCCUCGCUGUUUGGCGGCCUCUUCUCCAGGAAACACAAGUCCACGUCCAAAGCCAGCAUGACCAGCAUCAAGAGUGACGCCAGUGUCGGGAGCACAACCUCCUCCAACUCCAGCUCUGAAGCCUAGCAACAUCCUAGCAACCAACUGCUCCAACACAAGCUCUAACCUAGCAACCAACUCCUAGCAACUGCCUCCUGCAGCACCAGCUCUGAAGCCUAGCAACUCAGUCACCAAAGAACUUAAACUGAAUGAAAAAUUGUGAGGAAAACUAUCAAAUGGACAAGUGCUUGAAUGUGGACUUGUAGUUAACCAGGAGAAAUCAGUACAAACUGUGUGAAACAAUUGGGCAUGGGAAGGGGUGGGGAUCCAUGUGGGGGACGGGUCCAUCUAAGGCAUGUAAAUAAACAGUCUGCUGGUGAGAUGUACAAUACUGUUGGUACUACACUGGGGCUUCUGUGGGGGAUACUGUUAGAAUAUUUGAGUUAGAUACAAAGGAAACUCUGCAACACAUGUUUGUCAGUGAUUAUUGCAGUACAACUGAGUCAGCUAUGGAAAGGAUGCUGAUGUGAAUGUCAGGUCUCAUCAAUGGGAUUCUUCGUUAUCAAAGCAACACAUCAAAUGGGAGAGCAAAAGGAAAACUGGACAGAUCAGAGAAAAUAAUUCAAAUUGACCAGAUUUAGUCUCUGAAGUGAGUAACUGAAUUGAUUUGGUCAGAAACAGCCCAUUGUGAUACUUGCCAUGUUUGCUGUGAGUGAAAAUGUUCUAUUGUAAGGAGUAGUUGGUUCAAACGUGUUGACUGGAUGUGUGAGAAAUGACUCAGAACUGUGUAAAUAUUAUAAUAUGAUAUUAUUAUAUUAACUUGUACAUAAGUAUGAAGAGGGUUGGAGUUUAUAAAAUGUGGUGACCCCUUCCUUUGUCCUGCCUGUGGUGUGAGGAAUCCUGCAAAUUAGAUAAAAAUUGAAUUUUGCAGAAAAUUCUAUAUUACAGUCAAACAAAGACAAUUUGAUUUGAAUAGAAAAAGAGUCAUAAGAAGACAUAAACAUAUUAUCAUUAUUGUUUGCUGCCCUGGGGGUCAGGGCAAGUUAUUGAACCUUCUGCACUGAUUAGAAGUAAGCUCUUUAGUCUGUCCUGUGUGAACAGUGAGGUAUGUAUGAGGAACACAGUGCUGUUGGAUGUGUGAGAACUGGUAAACUGUGUGGCCCAGACUGAUGUAUUAAUGUGAUGAACACAGUUCUGUAGAGUCUGCUGCUGUAUGUAUGAUGUGGUGCUGGACACCUCAAGCUUUCCCCUCGGGUUAUAGUACACUGUGUUUGUCCUUGGUGGUAGGGGCUCUGUCAGGGCUGUAGGGGCUUUGUUGGGGGAGGGGGGCAGCAUAGUUUAGGGGAUAAGUAAGAAGGGCUAGCUAUGAUUAAUGUUUGUAGCCUGCCGUGUGAGUUGUGGGUAUGUUUUUGAUGUACAGGACUUAACUUGACAAACAGAACACAUAAAUUUGUUUUUUCUCAACUACACCGUAGGAAACAUCAACUCUCAGUUCAAAUUCUGUGUCUAAACAAUAGCAGCCUGCAGGCCUGUACAGUGCCACAUGGAGCAUUCUAGCUACCCAACUAGAUACACUUCUGGACACACAGGAUUGAUAGUGAUAGAACAAUGUGUAUAUACAAAUGUAUGACUGAGUGUAUCCAUAAACAUUGCCACAUGUGUCGCCAAAUGUGUAGCCUUUAAAAAGUCACCAGGGUGCUGCGAUGUGGCCAUUUACUAUGUUUGUAGCUGUGUAUAGGUAGAAAUGUUACUGGUAUAUUUAUUUGGAACUGCCCGUCAGCCAGACAAGCAACACAGAAAAACACAUGAACUCAAUCUUGCCAUUACUAGUGGAGUUUACACAAAAGGUGUUGUUGCAUAAAAAUGAUGUAAACAACUGCACAAUGUUUUAGACGUAGCUUAAAAGCUAAGCCUUGUCUUUUUGUUGUAUCACAGAGUCGACCAUUCAUUUUCAUUCUGAGAUAAUUAGAAAUACCCAAUCAUAGCCCCUGUAUCUCAGUGCUUCUUGUACACAAAAAUCUGAAGGUUCCACUUUAAAAACAUUUCUUCUUACCCCCUAGUCAUUCAUAAAUACUCAAAUUACAACAGUUGAGAAUGGAAGCAGUUGUGUAAAAAAACGUGUGUUUGAUCACAAGUCCUGAUGUUGGAUCCGUUUUAGGAUCACAAGAUCAACAGGUUGACAUUUAAGUGUACAGGGAUGACAUUUCCUUUUUUCCCAUUUGACGACAGGGGUGCAACAUUUUUUCUGUGUAACAUUUGGUGUGCAACAUGAAAACUCCAACCUUUUGGGAUGCUGGUGCCAUUCCGAGGUGACUCGCAACAUUUGCAGCUUUGUUUGUUUACUGAAAGCUACUGGAAGCAAAUGUAUCUGUUCUGUAAUAUUGAUAAAUUCUGUGUGACUGUAUAUAAUAUAUAAUAAUGUAUGGUAAAGAGAAUUAAGAAGUACAUCAGACUUUGUGUUCAGAGUGCAAUGCCAGGUCCCAGCUGAUGUAAUGUUUGUGUCUCAACUUAAAAACAAAGGCCAGCCCAACAUGUUAACCUAUUUAGUUUUCAAAUAUUUUCACUGGAAACAAUGAGUUAAAAAUGCUCUCAAAGUGAACAUUGGAAAGUCUUCCUUAUUUAAACUUUCUUAGUUAUUUGUUCUUAAGAAAAAUUGAGACUUUGUCCUGUGCAGGUUUCAGGAAGAAUGAAAUCAUUCUGACUGGGAAAUGUAGAGCUGUGAAAUUGAUGUAUGUUUCAACUCCAUUGGCCUGGCCUGUACCAUUACCAUUACCAUUUCUGUACAUGCAGGAGAAAUAUGUGCAUGCAUGUCAGUAGGAGAUAAAACAGUUACAUUGUAUUUGGUAUAGGAAAUGCUGUUGUGUGGGAACCAGGUAUUGGCUACUGUGUUAUGCAUCAGGGAGAAGGUUAAGAAAGUGUUCACAGAAUUAUGUUGGAUUUUUCACUGAAGAAGAAUUUCACAGACAUAAAACUUUAUUGGAUAGAGACUCCC